GCACGAGCAUCUUGGCACCCCUACUCGGGGCGGCGUACAAACAUCAGCAGCGAGCGCGGCGUCAGUAGGAACAGACGUAACGCUGUCCGGUGACCCUGUCAGUAAUCAUUGUCGUUGCCGUCGGCUGCCGCGGCAUCAGUAAAUGAUGCGCGACUGAGAUGGUUGGACUGGAGAAAGAAACUAUUUGUACGACCGGUUGCCCCCCAGUAUGCGACUGUCGAGACAAUACCCUCACUCGCUCACCCAAAGUCGAAUUCUUGUAUCGUUUGCCGGAGUGCUCUGAACGUGGCUUGCUUGCCCGUCGGUCGCUCAAGAUGCUGCACCACACUCUCAGCCGCCUGCUGCUCGUCGCCUUCGCGGCCGUCGCCGUCGCCGUGACGCCCAUCCCCGACGACGCCAUGACGCAGCUUCUCAACCAAGGCGGCGUCUCGCUCGCCAUCAAGGCCCAGCCCAUGUUCUUCUUCGGCCAGGCCAUGAACCGACCCCCCUGCAUCCCCACGUGGGCGACGACACAAGCUGGCGGCCAGACGCCCAGCUCCCCCCUCUGCGACUACCCCAACGUCGGAUGCGAAUGCGUCAACCCGGACAAGGGCAUCGGCAACCCGACGCAGCGGUUCCCCAUCUACUACUCGUACGCGCGGUGCUCCGACACGGUCGUGCGCGUGGCGUACAACCUCUUCUACACAAAGGACGGGGCCAAACCAAAGGGCAUCAACGGCCACCCGUACGACUGGGAGCGCGUGCUCGUCGAGCUGCGCAGGGCCGACGACACGCAGUGGAGGCCGUACCAGCUGCACCUGAGCCAGCACUCCGGGUACGGCCGCGUCCUGUGGCCCGACAUACAAAACACCUUCUCCGACGACGACGCCGGGCAGCCGCGGGGCGGGGACAACGGGAGGAAGAACCUCGACCACCCCAAGGUCUACGUCGCGUGGUCCAAGCACGCCAACUACCAGGACCGCAACACGGGCUGGAAUGAUCCCCUGUCGCAGUUGACCAACAACGCGUUUCGCUCACAGGACUGGUGGUACUUUCCAACCCGAGACGACUACAUUCGCGCAGACAGGUCGACGGACGUGGGCCGCCUCAUUGCUAGUUUCGACUGGGGCGACGCUUCUUCCAACCCGCCCUCUGUACACGAUGGGCUGUGUACUGCUUAAGACGUGAGCGGUCGCCGGGUUAGUUGAGAUGGGGGCUUGAUGAACUACUACUGGGCAAUGCGAGGACUCGCAGAAUGUGAGCAAAAGGAGUGAGAGGUACCCCUAAGGAUCGAAAGGGUAUGCCCUUGAUGUAUGGGCAUGUACGUAAAAUGAGGCAUGAUCUGGGGCAAAGUACACUUGCAUACGACCAGAACGGACGCUUGUGAGGGCUUCAACGUCAUCACAUGCGACAUACGAAAGUGUGUAGCUUUCUUACUGCACCACAUCUCAUAGAGAUAAUGUCGGAC